UACAUAUGGCUACCGUUUCUCUUUCCCUGCACUCAAAGAGAGAAGAAAAUGGCAAUGGCCUUAUCCUCAUCUACAAUUACUCCGACCCUCAAACUGUCGCCUCCUCCAAAAUCCCAACCUGCCCGGCUUCUCCUUCGCAUCCCCUCCAACACCAAUUCCACCGCCCCAACUUCGAUCAAUAAGCUCCUCACCGUUGCACCUUCCGACAAGUGGAGGCUCCGAAUCUCUUUCUUUCCUGCCUUUUUGAAGAAAGGGAAAGAUGUUGGUGCCCUUAAAGAGGAGCUUCUUGAGGCGAUUGCGCCCCUUGAUCGAGGAGCUGAGGCCACCCCUGAAGACCAGGAAAUGGUCGAUCAGAUAUCACGUAAACUUGAAGCAGUUAACCCAAUGAAGGAACCACUCAAAUCUGAUUUACUAAAUGGGAAAUGGGAGCUCAUAUAUACCACAUCAACAUCAAUUCUGCAAACUGAGAGGCCCAAGUUGUUAAGAUCAAGAACAAACUAUCAAGGAAUCAAUGUAGAUACACUAAGAGCUCAAAAUAUGGAAUCCUGGCCAUUCUUCAACCAGGUCACAGCCAACUUGAAGCCUUUAAACACAACAAAAGUAGCUGUUCAAUUUGACACUUUCAAAAUUCUUGGUCUGAUACCAAUUAAAGCGCCAGGAAGAGCGCGUGGUGAACUGGAAAUCACAUAUUUGGAUGAAGAGUUGCGAAUAUCUCGAGGUGACAAAGGGAACCUCUUUAUCUUGAAGAUGAUCGACCCUUCUUAUCGGGUACCGGUAUAACAUUAAUCUCUUUACUAUUAUCUUAUAAUCUGUAUAUUUAUUAUAUACCAAAUUAUACCUUAGGAAUCUCUCCAAAGUGUAAUCUAGAAAUGUCCUUUUCCCAAA